CGAAACCAACAUAAAAAAAGCGGACGCGUUUAUUCUGUGUGGUAUUUUCUGUUUGUUUCUUAAGAAAAUUGUAGAGAGCGAGAAAAUAAUGGCAGCAGAGGAGGGACAAGUUGUCAGUUGCCAUACUCUCGAUGCAUGGAACGAGCAGCUCCAGAAGGGCAACGACUCCAAGAAGCUGAUGGUCAUUGAUUUCACUGCUUCAUGGUGUGGACCAUGCCGCUUCAUCGCACCAUUCCUGGCAGAGUUGGCUAAGAAACUGCCAAAUGUCAUAUUCGUAAAGGUUGAUGUGGAUGAGUUGAAGUCUGUGGCUCAAGACUGGGCCGUAGAGGCAAUGCCAACCUUCAUGUUCCUGAAAGAAGGGAAGAUAGUGGACAAAGUGGUGGGAGCAAAGAAAGACGAGCUGCAGCAGACUAUAGCAAAGCACGUUGCUGCUGCUUCUGCUUCUGCCUGAUAACUUAUGAUAUAAUUUGCAUUAUAUGCCUAUUUAUCUUAAGACUAUAUAUGUAGCAAAAGCACAUGGCCACAGGACCUUAUUAGACUUUUAUUAUAAGUUAUGACCCCUUUCACUUGUUCUAAGUCUUGUGUGGUAUUUUUCAUAUGGGUAUUGCUACAUAAAUACAAUUCUAUUUAGCUCA